AUGUCCGGACACGAGAACAACGGUGCGCCCCCUGUGGGACAGGAGAACAUCAACACAAACAUCGUCACCCUCACAAGGUUUUUGACGGAAGAACAAACCAAGGUGCCAGAAGCCACUGGUGACUUCACACUCCUCUACCACGCUCUUCAAUUCUCCUUCAAGUCUAUCGCCUACUACAUCCGUCGUGCAUCCUUAAUCAACCUGACCGGACUGGCAGGUUCCUCAAACACCACAGGCGAUGACCAGAAGAAGCUCGACGUAAUCGGGAACGACAUCUUCAUCUCCGCCAUGCGCGGCUCAGGUAAAUGUCGCAUCCUUGUCUCGGAAGAAGAAGAAGAAGCCAUCAUCUUCGACGAGCACCCCUACGCCCGCUACGCAGUCGUCUGCGACCCCAUUGAUGGAUCCUCCAACCUGGACGCUGGCGUCUCGGUAGGAACUAUUUUCGGCAUUUUCAAGCUGCCCGACUCCGUCCUGGGUCCCGAGAACAAGGUCUCCCCCAAGGACAUUCUCCUCCCCGGUACCGAGAUGGUCGCCUCCGGCUUUACCAUGUACGGUGCCUCCGCCCAGCUCGUCAUCACCAUGCGCGAUGGUGGCGUCAACGGCUUCACCCUAGAGAACUCUCUGGGCGAAUUCAUCCUCACCCACCCCAACAUGACCAUCCCCACCAAGCGCGCCAUCUACUCCGUCAACGAGGGUAAUAGCAGCUACUGGGACGAGUGGACCAACGCUUACUUCCACUCACUGAAGUUUCCCCCCGAGGGCGAGAAGCCUUACAGUGCUCGUUACAUCGGUAGUAUGGUGGCCGAUGCUUACCGGACACUGCUCUACGGUGGUGUCUUCGCUUACCCGGCCGACAAGAAGGCUCCCAAGGGUAAGCUGCGUAUUUUGUACGAGUGCUCGCCCAUGGCUAUGAUAUUUGAGAACGCCGGUGGUCUUGCUGUGAACUCUCGCACGGAGCGCCUUCUAAGCGUUGUCCCUGAGCACAUCCACGACAAGAGUGGUGUGUUCCUCGGCUCGAAGGACGAGGUGCAGAAGAUCAUCGACACUUAUAACAAGUACAAGAAAUGA